AUGAUUAGCAAUGAGAGUCAAGAAAUCUCGGAUCAGCCAGAGAUCGAAACUCCAUUUAACGAGCCGUACUACUCUUGGGUGUCUAAUAAAGAGAGCCCUCUAACCAAAGAAGAAAUCUUAAGCAUCUUUUUGAAGUUGGGAAACAUUUUUGGUUUUCAACAUGAUUCUGUGAUGAACAUGUAUGAUCAUUACAUGGUUCAGCUCAAUUCAAGAUGUAGUAGGACUGAACCCCAUGUGGCCUUGGUCUCUCUCCACUCAGACUACAUUGGAGGAGAACAUAGUAAUUACCGUAAAUGGUACUUUAUCACGCAGUUGGAGUUUGAUCCUGACUUUGAAUGGGUGUUGAAUGACAAAAAAUCCAAUCGCAAGAGCAUGUACACCAAGAAGGAUACAGAUUACCCAGAUGAGUACUCAUUGGCCAAUUUGAAAGCGUCCAAUCUCUUCAACGCUAUUCAGUAUCGUUGGAAGCAGAGAUGCUAUCAACUCUCUACUUCAGACUUGACUGAACAGGUGGCCUUAUAUCUUCUCAUUUGGGGAGAGGCUAACCAAUUACGGUUUAUGCCCGAAUUAAUCUGCUUUAUUUACAAGACCGCAUUGGAUUUUUUGAACUUCACAAAGGCAAACGAAGACAUCAGUCUUUUCUUUCCAGAAUUUGAUUAUCUAGACAGAGUUGUCACUCCGAUCUAUAACUAUAUUAGGGAUCAGCAAUACCAUCUACGGGAAAAUUGUUACGUCCAAAGGGAAAGGGACCAUAAUAGAGUGAUCGGCUACGAUGACGUUAAUCAAUUCUUUUGGUACUAUGAUAACUAUAAGAAACUGCGUCUUUUGGAUAAAACAAAACUUAUCAGUUUGCCGUCGUAUGAAUGGUAUUCAAAACUGGGUGAAGUAAAAUGGGAGAAAGUAUUUUACAAAACUUAUAAGGAGAAUAGGUCGUGGUGGCAUUUGGCCACUAAUUUCAACCGAAUAUGGGUUAUCCAUUUAUGCAUGUUUUGGUAUUAUACGUGCUUCAAUUCAGGAACGCUUUACACCAAGGACUACUCUCAAUUGCUGAAUAACCAACCAACACCGGCAGCUGUUUUAUCGUCCUGUUCAUUAGCUGGAGUCAUUGCCUGUUUAGUUCAAAUUAUAGCAGUAUUUUGUGAAUGGACAUUCCUUCCAGCUACCUGGUUUUAUACAAAGACCAUCAUUUUGAAGUUACUGUUAAUGUUCUUCUUAUUUUGCAUUAAUCUGGCACCUUCAGUUUACAUUUUUGGAUUUAUCCCACUAGAUGUAUUCUCACACAAUGCAUUUAUUUUGUCCAUUGUUCAGUUCGUGAUCUCAAUUAUAACCGUGCUUUUUUGCUCCAUUCAACCAUUGGGUAGAAUAGUGGGAUGUUUCAAUAGAAAUCAAAUAUCAGCUCAGGAUAUCUUUACUGCUUCGUACCCAAGACUGAGCACCAGAAGUCAAAUUUUAUCCCACCUCAUCUGGAUAUUGAUCUUUGGCGCAAAAUUCACAGAAUCGUAUUUUUUCCUGACUUUGUCAUUAAGAGAUCCUAUCAGAAACUUGUCCAACUUGGAGAUGACCAGAUGUAUCGGGGAUGCCUUGAUUGGUAAAGUGCUUUGCCAACAUCACCCGAAAGUGGUUUUAGUCCUUAUGUUCUUGACAGAUCUUAUCCUUUUCUUUUUGGACACGUAUCUGUGGUACAUCAUAUUCAAUAUUGUGUUUUCCGUAGGAUUGUCAUUUUCUCUCGGAAUAUCGGUUCUCUCUCCCUGGAGAAACAUCUUCACUCGAUUACCUCAAAGGAUUUAUUCCAAGAUUCUAUCCACGUCAGAAAUGGAAGUGAAAUACAAACCCAAGGUGUUAAUCUCUCAAAUUUGGAACGCCGUCGUCAUUUCCAUGUAUAGAGAGCACUUACUCUCGGUGGAUCACGUUCAUAGGCUGGUUUAUAACCAAAUCCCCGACGAAGCUGAUGGAAGGACAACUCUACGACAGCCGUCUUUCUUCGUAAGUCAGGACGACAGUUCUCUCACUUUGAAAGACUACCUCAUCCCUUUUUCUGAGGCAGAACGAAGAGUUUCGUUUUUUGCCCAGUCGUUAUCAACACCCUUGCCAGAACCGGUUUCAACCCAAGCAAUGCCGAUAUUUACCGUUCUAGUUCCUCAUUAUGGGGAAAAGAUACUUUUUUCUUUGAAAGAGAUUAUCAAAGAAGAUCAAAACUCUAGAUUGACAUUACUGGAAUACCUGAAACAAAUAUACCCCAUAGAAUGGGGGUGCUUUGUGAAUGAUACCAAAUUAAUGGCCCAUGCAACUGGUGAUUACGAAUUUCCUGAGCUUGAUAUGACAAGCAAAGAACUUGAAUCAAGGCUACUUGAGAGUAAAACUUAUGAUCUGCCAUUCUAUUGUGUUGGAUACAAGUCGUCAUCACCCGAGUAUACCCUAAGAACAAGGAUUUGGGCUUCUUUGAGAGGGCAAACUUUGUAUAGAACCGUGAGUGGAUUCAUGAACUAUUUCAAAGCUGUGAGACUCUUGCAUCGUGUGGAAAAUCCUGAUAUCCUAGAGGAUGUCAUUGAAACAGAAUUUCUAGAAGACUACUUGGAUUGUGUUGCCAGGAAUAAAUUUCAUUUGAUAGUAUCAAUGCAGAGAUACCAACAAUUUUCUGAACGAGAGAUGGAAGACACCAUGGCUAUUUUGAAAGUUUAUCCAGAUCUCAAAAUUGUUAGUCUUGAGAAAGUAGAGGUUGGAGAAGAAUGUUUCUUUUAUUCCGUCCUUUAUUCAGGUAGAAAUAAAAAUGAAGACGGAACAUUGGCCCCAGUAUACAGAAUUAGACUAUCAGGAAAUCCAAUUUUGGGGGACGGUAAAUCUGACAACCAGAAUCACGCUUUGAUAUUUUAUAGAGGUGAGUACAUCCAGGUGAUAGACGCCAAUCAAGACAAUUACUUGGAAGAAUGUCUAAAGAUUAGGUCUGUGCUGGCUGAGUUUGAAGAGAUGGAGAUUGAUACUACUUCGCCCUACAUUCCAGGAGUUGCUGAUAAAAAUAACAGUCCUGUAGCAAUUGUUGGAGCUAGGGAGUACAUAUUCUCCGAAAACUCGGGAGUAUUAGGAGAUGUUGCAGCUGGUAAAGAACAGACUUUUGGAACGCUUUUUGCCCGUACUCUUGCCGAAAUAGGUGGAAAACUGCACUAUGGUCAUCCAGAUUUUUUGAAUGCAAUUUUCAUGACUACAAGAGGGGGUAUAUCCAAGGCACAAAAAGGAUUACACUUAAAUGAAGAUAUCUACGCCGGAAUGAAUGCUUUGAUGAGGGGAGGAAGAAUCAAGCAUUGCGACUACUAUCAAUGUGGAAAGGGAAGAGAUCUUGGAUUUGGAUCCAUUCUUAACUUCACCACCAAAAUCGGAGCUGGUAUGGGUGAGCAAAUGCUGUCCAGGGAAUACUAUUACCUGGGCACACAACUACCACUGGACAGGUUUUUGUCGUUUUAUUAUGCCCAUCCAGGGUUCCACAUCAAUAACUUGUUUAUCAUUUUGUCAGUGCAAACGUUUAUGUUAGUUUUGUUGAACCUGGGGGCUUUAUCAUACGAGUCUAUUAAAUGCAUUUACGAUAAAAAUGUCCCUAUUACCGAUUUACAAAUACCUAUUGGAUGCUACCAAAUCACGCCCGUCCUGGAUUGGGUUUCAAGAUUUGUAUUUUCCAUUUUCAUCUGUUUUUUUAUUUCAUUUGCCCCUCUUUUUAUUCAAGAACUGAUUGAAAGAGGAGUUUACAAAGCAUUUUCAAGACUUUUCCUUCAUUUUCUAUCAUUAUCACCUUUAUUCGAAGUGUUUGUUUGCCAAAUUUAUUCCAAUUCCUUAAAAAGUGAUUUAGUUUUCGGAGGAGCUAAAUAUAUUUCUACAGGAAGAAGCUUUGCCAUUACCAGGAAUUCAUUCACUCACUUGUACGCCAAUUAUGCACCAACUUCUAUUUAUUCUGGCGCUAGACUCUUUUUGGUGCUCUUGUUUGCAACACUGUCAAUGUGGAAACCUGCGCUUCUUUGGUUUUGGAUUACUUUAGUAGCCCUGUGUGUCUCCCCAUUUAUAUUUAAUCCACACCAAUUUGUUAUUUUGGAAUUCUUCUUAGACUAUAGGGAAUACAUCAGGUGGCUGACCAGGGGAAAUUCAAAAUGGCACCAAAAUUCAUGGAUAGGGUUUACUAGAAGUGGAAGGUCGAGAAUACUGGGGACCAAGAAGCCAGAGCGUAACCAGGACUUUACUCACGCUAUCAGUAUGACACACCGGACAUCAUUAGCCAGUACUUUCUUUGUGGAGCUAAUAAUUCCCAUUAUUCAGGCAGUAGCAGCAUUCAUUGCAUAUACUUUCGUAAACAGCCAGAAUGGUGUCAAGAACGUAGAAGCUACACAUUCCGUAAUAAGGAUCAUCAUAGUCACCAUGUUGCCAAUCGUACUCAAUAUUGUUACUCUUCUGGUUGUUUUUAUCUUGUCUUGCCUUACAGGCCCCAUUUUCUCCGUCUGUUUUAAGAACACUGCAAGUUUAUUGGCAGGUAUUGCUCAUGGAAUGGGGUUGUUCAAUCAUGUGCUUGCCUUCCUCGUACUAUGGCUAUUAGAAAAUUGGAAUUUUACCCGAACCCUGGCAGGAUUGAUCUGCUCUAUAUUCAUUCAGAGAGCAAUUCUUCAAGGAGUAAAGAUCUUAUUACUAACCAGAGAGACUCUUUUGGACAGCUCUAAUAGGGCCUGGUGGUCAGGUAAGUGGAUUGGAAGCGGAUUGGGAGUGCUCAUUUUAUCUCAACCAUUACGAGAGUUCCUGGUGAAAAUUAUAGAACUUAGUCUAUUUGCGGCGGACUUUGUAAUAGGCCAUACAAUCCUAUUCGUCAUCUCCAUAUUCUUGCUGGUGCCUUUUGUUGAUCAAUGGCAUAGUAGUAUCUUGUUUUGGCUAAAACCCACAAGGAAGUACCGUGGAAGAAUCUAUUCCCUCAAGCAAAAAGCACGUAGAAGGAGGAGUGCCAUUAGAUACUUCUUAAUUUUCAUUAUCAUCCUAAUAGUGUUCGUGGGAUUAAUAGUGGGACCUAUUGUCUCUGCGAAGUUUAUUCCAAAUAUGCAGCAAUUCAUUCCGGAGCAAGGCCAUGGUCUUUUCCAGCCUACUGGCCAGAACAAUAAUGAUACUGGACCCAACGCACCUAGCACCAUCCCAACCCAAAAACCUGAGCCAAGAACAUGGUCCACAUGGGCUUGA